AUGAAGAACUUCGGCGUCAUCCUCACUUUCUUUGCUGUUUCAGCCAGCUCUGUUACCGCACUUGCGAUUCCAGAAUCACAAAGCGCCAUGGAAGCACGAUCACCAUAUCCAGUUCUAAGCACACUUGAAGAUCGAUCACCAAAGAAGAACAAGGGAGAAGCUGCAGCAGCGAAGAAUGCAACAGCCGUAGCUGAUAGCAAAGCAGCUCAGGCUUCUGCAGGAGCAUCUCUAAGCGCUGCGACAAAUGGAACAGCUGCUGCGGACGACAAAAAAGCCGCGAAGAAGGCAGCGAAGGAGGCCGAGAAAGCAGCCAAGGCCGCAAAAGCCAAUUCAGCUGCUCAAGCGGAUUCUGCAAAUGCUGGAAAUCAAGGUGGUAACAACGAUGCUGCAUCUGAGAUCACUGGGCUACUCUCAUCGCUUGGUAUCAACCUCCGCGAUGUCGACAAGCGAUUCCCAAAGAAUGAGAAAGCUACUGCUGCUGCUGGAGCUAAGGCAGCCGGAGCCAAGGCAGCGAAAGCAGGAAAAGCAAACAACGCCGGAGCGGCGGCUGCAACAGCUACUUCUGCAACUCCUGCGAAAGCAGGAAAGGGAAACAAGGGUGGAGCGGCAGCAGCUAGUUCUGCCUCAGCUUCUGCGGCCUCUGCCUCCGCAGCAGCUGUCGCGGCAGAAAAUGCCAAAGAAGAUAAAGCCAAAGAUGUCAACGCGAAUGCAUCAGAUGGAAGUGCCGGACUCGCCGCAGCAGCAGCAGCUCAAGCCGCAGUCGUAGCAGCUGGUGAGGCAUAG